AUGGCGGUCCGGCGGCAACUGCUGCAUCUUUUUCAGGAGCCCCAAGUAGGAAGCGCAAUUAUGGUGGAGCGGGGGGCAGCCAGGACCGCGAACGGCCACAGCGCGCAGCAACGCGCAAAGGCGCUGGAGAAGGCCGGAGAGCGCGUCCCUAGCGCUCGGGGGCUCAAGCUGGAGGACUGUGCGCUCUAUCAAUGCCGGCGCUGCCGGGCGGUCUUGGGAGACUCGCUCCAUCUGUGCGCUCAGGAGGAGAAGCUCCGCCUUCUCGUUUGCUUCAAGGUCACGAAUGAUGUUGCUGUGGAAAAUGAGUUGAUGGUCUGUGUUGAGGGAGAUCUCAUUGGAUGCACCUACAACGUGUUGAUCUGUCGGUCCUGUGAAACAGCUAUUGGCAUCAAACCCUAUUGUUCCAAACCUCUGGCUUACCUGCGAGGUCUCUUCUGUCUCUUUAAGGACAACAUCAUUUGUUACUUGUUCAAAACUAAAACCACAAUUGAAGCCUCAUUGAUGACCUGUCCUCCAGUGAGCCUAAAGGAACAUGUACAAAAAUUAAAAGAAAGCCUUGUACUAGUGCACAUGCGUCUAGAACAGCUGAUUAAGAAACUAGAAGAAUUAAAAGAGCAGAGGACUGUGGCAGAGAAGCCAGGCUACAAAGCAAGGCCACAUGGCCCAAGCAUCUGGAUGUACAAGGAGGAAGUUGAACCAUUAACUGGUAUAAGUUCUACAGUUGCAUAUCUUGACUGAGAACAUGGGAGAGUUUGAAAUUGCCUUCAUUCAACUGUUCUGGUUGUGUUUGAAAAUGGUAGCUGGCAUAUGUCUUAGGGACC